AUUACAUAAAUCGGUGAGGAUAUACAAACAAUCCGUCAUUCCGCGACCCUUUCAUGUUUCUUUGAAUAACACUUCACCUACACAAGACGUCUACGCAAUAUAUGGCAAAUCCAGAUAUCUAUACAGCGUUUGGAAAGCAAGGAGUUUUGUCAUUGUCAUUUCUAGAAGAGUAAUCCGGAGCUGAAAUCUGGAGAUAAAUCCCGGUUUGAGUUGUUAUUAUAUAGGUGGCGGCUGACCCGGCGGAUUUCCCUGGGCCCAGCGAUGGGAAAAUUCGGGAGUAGAUCCAUUGCAUUCCGCCCAAAGGCAUCAUCAACAAGACAUUCUCCCACCAGACACUGGAAAGGGCCGUUUCGGUUCUUUGAUCUUCCUCCCGAGCUAAGAGACCACAUCCUAAAGCUCAUCCUGCUCGACUGGGAUUCUACUAGCAAGGAUGCUGUCCACCUUUUCCUUACGAAUAAACGAAUAUACACGGAAGCCGCUUCAAUAUUUUACUAUGAAGUCCUACUCGAUAAUAUGCACCUGAAAGGGACCGCUGAUCCGUUCUUGGCCGGCUCGCUUACUGCGGUAACUCCUCGGCUUCACGUUCGAAAUCUGAUCAUCAGGUUCUUAAUGAAGGAGCAGAUGUAUCUGUUCGGCGAGGCGUACGGCACAGCCUUACAAGAAAUGGCCUCGAGAGGGAAACUCCAGAGCCUACGACUGGAGAUCGGAAGUCGCUUUCCAUGCUACGAGUUCUGGGGCUACGAAGACGAACUCUUCGUCUACGAUAAUAUUCGUGUUGUAGCCGAAAAGUGGAAGGGAAUGGUGAUAUCGGCGCCUCUAUUCGUCACGAAAGAGCCGUUCCAAAACUUCCUCAAGUUUCUUGAGGAGUCCAAAAUCCCUAAGAUCAGACUAUUUGUCGAUGCCGAGGACCACUCAAAAUUUUGGUGUAUGUUCCAUCGCCCUCACCCGUCAGGUAAAAGGUGUGAUGGCGAGUGGAGAGGUAACGCGAAGGUAUUAAAGAUCCAGUGGUCGAGCUUGGUCAAGGCUCUUAAAGGGGCCAAAGCUGUAGCACCAGUACAGAAGGAUUGUUAACGUUCGAUAAUCACUAUAUCGAUUGGUCAAGAUGCGAUUAUAUUUAUUUUAUAAUUGCUAGGUAUGGCGCAGGAAGUACCAUCAACCCAUGGUUACUCUAUUUGAUGGAGAUCUGAGGAACAUUACGUUACCACGACGGUUAUGAAGAAUGAGUAUAUGUCUUUGUGUGACUCGACAUAUAGUAAGAGGGUGGUUCGAGUUCGACCUCAAAGUGGCAGACGAAGGCGCAUUUUUUGUGUAUCAUGAAAAUUUCAGACUGAACGCUAGGAUCGUGAUUAGAUGUUGAACUAGAAGAGCGUCACGAGGUGGAACCAAACAGUAAGGGAACAACUUCGUUGUUCCGCGAAGAACUCUAACCUAACUACGGGACCCUACGGCUAUAUACCGAACAUGCUCUGUGUUCUAGAUGUAUCAUCUAGAAUCCUGGCAAAGAGGGCUGUAUUAGUGUGUUUACAUGGCGAUAAAUGAAUUCAUAUGAAUAAACGUAUAAUUCAAAUAUAAAGAUUGACUCGA